AGAGUGACCCCAAGGUCCACAACUACCACCACCGCCACCUCCCGUGAAUUCCCCAUAAAGGCCCUGUCAUCUCCCCCCUACGCGCUGUGUGCUCUCUUCUUCAUUCCUUUCGCGAGGAUCGGGGUGUUCGCGCAGUCUGUUUCGCCUUACCUGGGAAAUGGCGGAGCCGGUGGCGGCGGAGCAGGACGAGGAGCAGUUGCUGUUGCCGGAGGCCAGCAACGGAGACCGGUCGUGGCGGCUGAACUUCGACGGGUUCAAAUUCUCGCCGGAGCGCACGCAGAAGAAGCAACCUCGCGGGCUCCACGAUUGCUGUCUGGGUGUUCUAGGUCCUGAGGAUAAUGUCGCUGAGUACUAUCAGCAACAAGUGGAAAUGCUUGAGGGCUUCAACGAAAUGGAUGCUUUAACCGAACGUGGUUUUAUUCCUGGAAUGUCAAAGGAAGAACAGGAGAAGUUGGCUAGAAAUGAAACAUUUGCCAUAAGGAUAUCAAAUAUUGCAAACAUGGCUCUUUUUGCAGCGAAAGUAUAUGCUUCCAUUAGAAGUGGAUCGUUAGCCAUCAUAGCCUCGACAUUGGACUCCCUUCUCGAUCUGUUGUCAGGCUUCAUCCUGUGGUUUACUGCAUUCUCUAUGCAAACGCCAAAUCCCUAUCAGUAUCCUAUAGGAAAGAAACGGAUGCAACCAUUGGGAAUCCUUGUUUUUGCCUCUGUGAUGGCCACUCUUGGACUGCAGAUCAUCUUGGAGUCCGUGCAGCAAUUGGUAUCUGAUGAGGCUGAAUUUAAUUUAGCAAGAGAGGAAGAACAAUGGCUCGUGGGUAUCAUGCUCUCUGUGACUCUGGUCAAAUUCCUCCUAGUCCUUUAUUGCCGGUCAUUCACAAAUGAGAUCGUCAAAGCAUAUGCCCAGGAUCACUUUUUUGAUGUCAUAACCAAUGUCAUUGGUCUCAUUGCUGCACUCUUGGCUAAUUAUGUUGCUGGUUGGAUGGAUCCUGCCGGAGCUAUUAUUCUUGCGCUCUAUACCAUCCGGACAUGGUCAAUGACAGUCUUGGAAAACGUGAACUCCCUUGUAGGGAGAUCUGCAGCUCCUGAAUACCUUCAGAAACUUACGUACCUCUGUUGGAAUCAUCACAAGGCGAUAGGACACAUCGACACUGUCCGGGCUUACACCUUUGGAUCCCACUACUUUGUCGAGGUGGACAUCGUCCUGCCGGCUGAUAUGCCUCUGCAAGAGGCACAUGACAUCGGUGAGUCCUUGCAGGAGAAGCUAGAGCAACUGCCAGAAAUCGAGCGCGCCUUUGUUCAUCUUGACUACGAGUAUUCUCACAAGCCAGAGCAUGCUCAAAGGCAUUCUUAGCGGUACUGCUUAUAUUAUGUUUCCGAGCCCACUACACAAGCGACUUCCCAAAUGACUGAAUGCAGGGUUUCCCCUUAUGAGUGUAUAAUGGGGGAUAUACAGGAAAAGGUAUGUAGCUCUUACAUAUUGCUACGUAUUUUGGAUUGAAACAAUUAGAAUUUGGUUUAGUGAAUUCUAUAUUGUAUUAUCCAUUUUGGGAUCCUUCAAUGGAGAUGAUCCAUUGAUUCGAAAUGUAAAGGAAAAAAUCUAUCUCACUUUAUGUUAUUCUGAAACUUGAAACCAAUGAUUCGUUGUUGGA